AUGGCUUCCAUGCUAUCUUUUCCCCUCCCAAAACUAAGCACACCAAGUGUUAUAGCUAAGGCUGCUGCUUCUUCAGCUCCAGUAACCUCAUCCCCAGCUGCAGCCGAAAAUGCUGCUAGUCUUGAACAAAAAUUUGGUCGAAAAGGAAUAAAGUUCCUUGAUUCUCCAGGUGAUGUUCCGACAGUUGAGCUGACUGUCAGAAAUGGAAGCUCAGUAAAACUUCACAUACCAACUGCGCAUGUCACUUCUUAUAAGCCUAAAGUUUACUGGAAAGAUGAUGGUUUUGAAGAAGUCCUCUACACUAUUCCUCCUAAAGGAGUGAUUAACUCUUCUUCGAAUUCCAAAGGCGGUAUCGGUUUGGUCCUCAAUGAACUUUCAGACCAGAAUCCCAAAGGGUCUAUACUCAAGACUCCUCCUCAGUGGACUGUCAAAGAUGCUGAUAAUGAUUCCAUUGAUGCUGUACAGAUUGAGCUGAGCAGCACCAGUGGAACUCUGGAGUUGACAUUCGUCGUGACACUCUAUCCAUUGAGCGUUGCGACAGCUGUUAUCGUGAAAAAUAAUGGACGUAAGGCGGUCAAUCUUGCUGGGGCAAUCCUCACCCAUUUUCUGACGAAGAGGCGGAGAGGGGCAGGGGUUGAAGGACUCAGGAGCUUCACGUACACUUCGCUUCCCCCUUUGUCUUCACAGUAUGAGAUCCUGUCCCCAUCUGAAGCUAUGAAGACUGAGGAUCCGGGGUGGUUCUCUUUCGGAUGGGAGCCGGAAAAGAAACCGGGCGAAUGGACUACACAAGAGGAUAAAUACACUGUGAUGAAGCACAAGAUGAGUAGGGUUUAUGGUACUCCACCAGCUGAAAGAUUGAAAAAGUUCUACAACACACCACCUUCCAACUAUGAGAUACUUGAUAAGGGAAGAGCACUAUUUUUCAGGGUAAUACGGAUGGGAUUCGAUGACAUUUACUUGUCCGGUCCUGGUUCAUUGGCAGAGAAGUAUGGAAAUGGCUAUUUCAUCUGUACAGGCCCUGCGUCGAUGCUGGUACCGAUUGUAGUGAACCCUGGAGAAGAAUGGAGAGGGGCACAAGUCAUUGAGCAUGACAAUUUGUAA